AUGACCAAAAUACCCACCCCGGUGCUCCCAGCACCCCCUCCGAACCCGGAGUUACCACUCCAACCCGUCCCGUCAACAUCACCACAACAACAACAACAAGCCUCAGCAAAACACUACAAAGGCUUCGUCGCGGGUGUCUUUUCCGGGAUCGCCAAGCUAGCCGUCGGCCAUCCCUUCGACACAAUCAAAGUCCGUCUCCAAACCUCUUCUUCCACCCGCUUCUCCGGCCCCCUGGCAUGCCUCACCUCCACCAUCAGCAACGAAGGCAUCUUCGGCCUCUACAAAGGCGCCACACCCCCUUUAGUAGGAUGGAUGUUCAUGGACUCCAUCAUGCUCGGCUCCCUAACCUUCUACCGUCGCCUCAUCUCCACCAAUUUCUUCGCCUCCUACCACCCCCCAAACGACCCUUUUCUCCCCCCCUCAGUAAUCCCCCUGCCCACCUACGCCCACGGCCUAGCGGGUAUCCUCUCCGGCUGCACCGUCUCCUUCGUCGCCGCCCCCGUAGAGCACAUCAAAGCCCGUCUCCAAACACAAUACUCCUCCUCCAAGUCUGACCGCUUAUACACCGGGCCAAUCGACGCCCUACGUAAAAUCUACAAAUACCACGGUGUAAGGGGGAUAUACCACGGUCUGGGGGCUACUCUCAUCUUCCGAGGGUGCUUCUUCUUUUGGUGGGGGAGUUAUGACGUUUUUAGCCGGUGGAUGAGGAAUAACACUUCUUGGUCUGCGCCGGUGAUCAAUUUCUGGGCGGGGGGUUUGUCGGCGCAGGUCUUUUGGGUCAUGAGUUACCCGAGUGAUGUGGUGAAGCAGAGGAUCAUGACGGACCCGUUGGGAGGCGGGUUGGGGGAUGGGGAGAGGAGGUUUAGGAGGUGGAGGGAGGCUGCGAGGGCGGUUUAUAAAGAGAAUGGGCCCAAGGGGUAUUGGAGGGGGUUUUUGCCUUGUUUCUUGAGGGCUUUCCCUGCUAAUGCGAUGGCGUUGGUGGCGUUUGAGGGGGUUAUGAGGGCGCUGCCGGAGUAGUUGCGGAUGGAGACGCCUAUGGGAGGGAGAAUAGAGGGUGAGAAACAAGAGAUAUAAUAGGGGUGUGGUGUUGCAUGACGGGAAGAAGCGGAGAUAAAUUCGUAGAAUUGAUGUUUGCAUAGAUUAUACCCAAAGAGUUGGAGGGCAAAAGGGAAGGGUUGGACGGUAUAUAUAUACCCAAGGGAAUGGAUAUGGACGCAUACGAGACUUAAGAACAAUAGAGACAACAUAUACACAUUACAAG